AUGGCCCAUGAACCUUCUUUCGUCACCUACACCGAGAACUUGCAGAAGUUCAUGAGGUUACCCCAAAGGGGUAACAUUAUCGCCGAGUACAUUUGGGUCGACAGCGAAGGUGGCGUCCGGUCAAAAGCGAGGACACUUCCAGAGAAGGAGACCCCUUACACUCCCGAUGAGCUUCCCAUGUGGAAUUUUGAUGGCUCAUCAACCGGCCAAGCCCCUGGUGACAAUUCAGAUGUCUAUCUGAAGCCCGUGGCUGUCUUCCCUGACCCAUUCAGGGGUACCCCCAACAUUCUGGUCCUUGCUGAGUGCUGGAACAAUGAUGGCACUCCUAACAAGUACAACCACCGCCAUGAGUGCGCCAAGCUGAUGGCUGCUCAUGCUGAGCAGAAGCCGUGGUUCGGUCUCGAGCAAGAAUAUACCCUCCUCGACCUCAAUGACCGUCCUUAUGGCUGGCCUCGUAACGGUUUCCCUGCUCCCCAGGGCCCAUACUAUUGCGGUGUUGGUGCUGGCAAGGUUGUCCAGCGCGACAUUGUCGAGGCCCACUACAAGUGCUGCCUCUAUGCUGGCGUCAAGAUCUCGGGAAUCAACGCCGAGGUCAUGCCUGCUCAGUGGGAGUUCCAGGUCGGCCCGUGCGAGGGCAUCGAAAUGGGUGACCAUCUCUGGAUUGCGCGCUAUCUUCUGCACCGCGUGGCUGAGGAGUUCGGCGCCAAGGUGUCGUUUGAUCCCAAGCCGAUCCCGGGUGACUGGAACGGCGCGGGUCUGCACACCAACUUCUCAACCAAGGACAUGCGCGAGGAGGGUGGCAUGAAGCAUAUCGAGGCUGCCAUCAAGAAGCUCGAGGCUCGCCACGCCGAGCACAUUGCCGUUUAUGGCGAGGGCAACGAGAAGCGCCUGACCGGCCGUCAUGAGACCGGCAAGAUCGACACCUUCACCUAUGGUGUCGCCAACCGUGGUGCCUCCAUCCGCAUCCCCCGCGAAGUCGCCGCUAAGGGGUAUGGCUACUUUGAGGACCGCCGGCCUGCGUCGAACGCCGAUCCGUACCAGAUCACCGGUAUCAUCAUGGAGACGUGCUUUGGCGCUGUGUCGGAUGAGUAA